AUGGAUUCGAUGGGCUUGUUCAGUUGUCUUCCGCAGAUAUCAGCACUGGCCAAUAUUGUGCAACGAUUCGGUAGCCGAGUUCGUGAAGCCUUGGCAACGGCCUCCGAGGCUAUUUCAAAUGCCGUCGUCGAUAGUGAUCCCAUCACGACACCUGUGGAAUCAAUGUCUCGUUUUAUCAAGGAUAUGAAUGAGAAAGGUAUGGCAGGCUUGGCCUCAGAAUAUCGUAAAAUUGACGUGGAAGAUGCACCAUUCGGCUCUCACAAAGCGUUUGUAAUGAAUAUGGCUAAAAAUCGUUAUUCAGAUGUCGUAUGUAUUGAUGAAACGCGCGUCGUUUUGAAAAUUGGGCCGGCUGCAAGUGGUGAUUAUAUUCAUGCAAAUUAUGUGCUGUUUUCUGAAUUCCAAAACAAAUUCAUUUGUACUCAGGGUCCUUUACACACAACCAGGGACGAUUUCUGGAGGAUGGUAUUUCAGGAACGUGCUGAAACAAUUUUGAUGCUUUGCAGACCAUCUGAAGAUGGAAAACCGAAAUGUGCAGUUUACUGGCCGGAAAAUGGCGAUAAAUUAGAACUUAGUACGGUAGAUGUUGAAAAAGUUGGUGAGGAAAAUUCCGAUUUCGAGAUUCUACUUUUCAAAGUACAGUUGAAAGAUGAAUUCAAACAAUCGCCUUCCAUAAACAACAAAGACCCAUUAGUAGUGAAACAAUAUCGAUGGAGCACAUGGCCUGAUCGUGGAAUUCCAAGUCAUGAAAAUGCGAUGAUCCCGUUGAAAUUGUUAUCACUGGUAAGAAGCACUCGAGCACCUUGUGUUGUGCAUUGUUCUGCUGGGAUCGGACGGACCGGUACCGUUGUGGCUAUUGAACUUGGCAUCAGACGGUUUCACGAUGGCCGCAAAGUUGAUCUGGCAAUGGUAAACGCUUUCGAUUUUUCAUUUAUAAUCCAAAAGCUUGUAAGAGAUCUCAGAAAGAAACGGGCACAAUGUAUACAAACCGAAAUUCAGUAUUUGUAUUUAAGUCGUGUGUUAACCGAGUACGCUUUGAGCUCCGGUGAACCAUUAUCUGAUGAUGUGCGUCGUGCAGCGGAAUCAUUUCUCAAAGAAUACGAUUCCAAAAUUAAAAAAUAA